GUCCAGUGGUUGCCCUUUGAGAACUACGGAACGUCGCAACGUCAAGAGGCCCUCUUCCUGCAAGCAAACCGUUUCUUUCUGCGACUGUUUUUGAAAGAACAGGGCGCGGCAUUACUGAAGGGGGAGGAACCAUGAGUCUGAUGGAUGUUAGACCUCAUUAAAGAGCUCACGGACUUUCGCAGAACAUAAAACAUAACAGGAUAUAAAUCCGGAUUCCUCGGUUCACUAGUCCCGACGACCCAUUAGACCCUUGUAGUAAAUCUCCACGAUCAUGGUCACAACCAACAGACAAUACAGUCACUGAACCAACAAUGUUGUGUCGGUCUGUCGAUACCAACAAAGCCAACUUGCUGUACCCAGGCCAGCAGACAAGACUAUGACCAAGGCGGCAAACAAGAAGCGGUGCAGACGAGUGUAUAAAAGCCCCCUUUGAGCCUUCGUUUCAGCGCUCUCAAGAUCAACCAACAAUCGUCUUCUCGCCUCAGGACCUUUUGAUCAAAUCUUUUAUUCUCCUCCUCUUCUCCUCAACCAACAUGCAACUCUCCAAGUUCGUUGUUCUUAGCGUCACCGCCUUGCUCUCCGCCACUGGAGAAGCAUGCAAGUGCUACGGAACUAAGGGCAACCUCAACAACGGCGCAACUCACAAGUGCUGUAACGAUUACCAUGGUGUUUACUCCGGUAAUGACUGCAAAGCUAGCUCCAUAUCUGAGCAUCUCAGUGGGUUCGACAGGUGCUGCAAGGGUCAAGGCUCGGACUGUGACUUCCCUGGUCGUGCCGCUGCCCUGGGUCAGGAAAUGAGAGUUGUUAAGCACGUCGAGAUCAAGACUGCCCUUGCCAAGUAAACUACCGGCGACGAGUUGAGAUAGCAACCAAGACAUGGGGAAACAGGGAAUACGGAGUGGCAAAGAGAGAUUGGUCAAUCUUGGCCGUGUUUCCUUUGGAUCAGGCACUACUUUUACCUCCCGGCCGGAGCAUAGAGCUUUUUCAACGCCUCGACCUAAUUCAUAUAGUAGAUACUUCCUGACCUCUAGUGAAGGAAGCCCUUUGUGAGACAUGGUAUAGUUGAAUAUACUGUUACCAAUCAGAAACUAUUACGUGAAAGGAAAACCAGGACAUUGUAAUAACUGAGCAGUAUUAAGUAGACUCCUGCCUGACGGAGACGAGCUGUUUCUCAAAUCUCCGGUAUCGCUGUAAGAAAGAGAAUUUAGGAGCAUGUACUUGUAAUCAUCUCUAC